CAGUUAUCUCUCCUCACCUGAUGACAUGCAGAAAAUUGUCGCCGUUCCUCAAUUUCUGUUGUAAUAAAUCCCCUCUUUCAGAUGAGAAAAUGAAGGUGAAGAUUUUGAAGAGGAAUGCGGCGGAUUUUGUCCGCGAGACAAAGCAUGAUAUUCACAAGAUUCAUCGGAACUACAGUCAAGUUGAACACCCAUUUGAAGCAGAGCGCGAAUACCAGAGAGCUUUGAACUCUGUAAAGCUGGAGAAGGUUUUUGCUAAACCCUUCAUUGGUUCCCUGGAUGGACACAGAGAUGGGAUAACUUGUGUUACGAAGCACCCUGGAGCUCUUUCAACUAUUGCUAGUGCUGCUUCAGACGGAGAGAUUAGACUCUGGCAACUCGCAAAUAGGACGUGUUCGGGUAGUUGGCAAGCUCAUGACGGAGUUAUCCGUGGUCUAACCUACACCCCCUCCGGAGAUCAAAUCCUUUCCUGCGCUGAUGAUAAGACGAUCAAGACCUGGGACGCGGAGAAGGUAUCCAACCUACCCCUGGAUACUGUUCUCUGUAAGCAUAUGGUGACGGGGAUAUCCCAUGCAAGGGAAGGAGAUCAGUUUGCUACUUGUGGAGAGAAUGCACAGUUGUGGGCGGCAGGACGAUCUGUACCUCUCAGAACUUUCCAGUGGGGUGUUGACUCUGUCCACCUGGUAAAAUUCAAUCAGGUUGAAACCAACCUCCUAGCCGCCGCUGCCAGUGAUAACUCCAUAAUGCUGUACGAUACAAGAAACGUCGGCCCGGUCCGUAAAGUGAUAAUGACUUUGAGAUCCAACGCCCUGGCCUGGAAUCCUAUGGAGGCUAUGGUGUUUACAACAGCAAGUGAAGAUUACAACCUCUAUAGUUUCGACGUACGAAAGCUGGAUAGACCUGUCAAUGUUCACAUGGAUCAUGUUGGGGCUGUUGUAGAUGUGGAUUACAGUCCAACAGGACGUGAGAUAGUUUCCGGAAGCUACGACAAAACUAUCCGAAUAUUCCGAGCAAGUGAGGGAAGAUCCAGAGAGGUUUAUCAUACUAAACGAAUGCAGAGACUGACAAACGUUCUCUGGUCCAACGAUGAUAGGUAUAUAGUGAGUGGCUCUGAUGAGAUGAACCUGCGUCUAUGGAAAGCUAGAGCUAGUGAAAGGUUGGGUAUUAUGAAGGAUAGGGAGAGGGUGGCACUUCAGUAUUCAGAGAAGCUUAAGGAGAAAUAUGCACAGCAUCCACAGAUUUCCCGAAUAUCUCGUCACCGACAGGUUCCAAAACACAUCAAGAACGCACAGAACGAGCUGAAAACUAUCCGGGCGAGUAAAAGCCGGAAAGAAGCCAAUCGGCGAAAGCACAGCAAACCUGGCAGUGUUCCUUACGUACCUGAAAGAGAGAAAAAUGUUGUCGACGAAAAGUAGAUUUGUACAAAUAGAUAUAUUAAAUAAAUUUGAAAUAAUAAACCUCCAUUUUGAAA